UCGUGACAAAAUGGCGGCGCCCAGGCGGCCACGUGGGGAUGUGCAGGAUGAGGAGGAUGAUGAAGGGCGCUCAGUGGCGGGCAAGCGGCCCCGCGGGCAGCGGCGGCUCCUGGUUGUGCUGGAGGGAGCGAGUCUGGAGACCGUGAAGGUGGGGAAGACGUUCGAGCUGCUCAACUGCGACAAGCAUAAGGCGCUGCUGCUACGGAACGGCCGGGACCCCGGGGAGGUGCGGCCUGACAUCACCCACCAGAGUCUCCUGAUGCUCAUGGACAGUCCCCUGAAUCGGGCUGGGCUCCUGCAGGUUUAUAUCCAUACCAAGAAGAAUGUUCUCAUUGAAGUAAAUCCCCAGACCAGAAUCCCAAGAACUUUCGAUCGAUUCUGUGGUCUUAUGGUUCAGCUGCUGCAUAAGCUCAGUGUUAGAGCAGCUGAUGGGCCUCAGAAACUGCUGAAGGUGAUUAAAAAUCCAGUCAGCGACCAUCUUCCCGUGGGCUGCAUGAAGAUUGGUACCUCUUUUGCAGUGUCACAGGUGUCAGAUCUGCGUGAGCUGGUUCCUGCAGCAGAGCCAGUUGUCAUUGUGGUGGGAGCUUUUGCCCACGGGUCGGUCAAUGUUGACUACACAGAAAAGAUGGUCUCCAUCAGCAACUAUCCCCUUUCUGCUGCCCUAACGUGUGCUAAAAUUACUACUGCCUUUGAGGAAGUGUGGGGAAUAGUAUGAGCUACUGCUGUCAUGAUGGACUUGUAUACAGUGACUUCACAUUCUGAAAAGGCUCUUUAACUUGGAUAUGGACCUGGUGCAGCUUUUGGGCUCCUGGAAAACACUUCAACAUCGUCCUUGUAGCUUCUGAAGCAAUGCGACUUUAAAUGGACUGCCCCACUGACCCUUUUUCCUAUUAAAGGUACCUUUUUUGAUUAAAAAGUGCUUGUGAAUUUAA